AUGACGGGGAGUACAAGGAUUCUAAGAAGCACGGUCAAGGAAUUUGGAAAUGGGGACAAGUAUGACGGCGAGUGGCAAGAUGGUAAGCAGUACGGUCGAGGAAUUUACACAUUUGCAAAUGGGGAAAAGUAUGACGGUGAGUGGCAAGAUGGUAAGCAGCAUGGUCGAGGAAUUAAGGCAUUUCCGAAUGGCGACAGGUAUGAUGGCCAAUGGAAACAUAAUACGAAGCACGGUCGAGGAACUUACACAUUUGCGAACCAGGAGAAGUAUGACGGCGAAUGGAAAGCUGGUAAACAGCACGGACGAGGAAUUCACACAUUUGCAAACGGGGACAAGUAUGACGGUGAGUGGUACGAUGGGAAGAAACACGGUCCAGGAAUGGAAACAUCUACCAAUGGCGCUAAGUAUGAUGGCGAAUGGAAAGAUGGGAAGCAGUACCGUCGUGGGACUGAAAUAUUUUCCAAUGGCGACAAAUAUGAAGGUGGGUGGCAAAAUGGUAAGCAGCACGGUCGAGGAAUUUACACAUUUGCGAACGGGGACAAAUAUGACGGUCAGUGGUAUGAUGGGAAGAAACACUUUCGGGGAAUUGAAACAUUUGCGAAUGGCGCUAAGUAUGCUGGCGAAUGGAAAGAUGGAAAGCAGCAUGGUCGAGGAGUUUACGCACUUGCCAAUGGGGACUUGUAUGACGGCGAAUGGCAAGAUGGAAAGCAGCAUGGUCGAGGAAUGGAAGCAUUAGCGAUUGGCACCAAGUAUGACGGUGAAUGGAAAGAUGGGACGCAGUACCGUCGUGGGACUGAAAUAUUUUCCAAUGGCGACAAAUAUGAAGGUGAGUGGCAAAACGGUAAGCAGCACGGUCGAGGAGUUUAUACAUUUGCGAAUGGGGCCAAGUAUGAUGGCGAGUGGCGAGAUGGGAAGGAGCACGGUCCAGGAAUUCACACAUUUGCGAAUGGGGACAAGUAUGACGGCGAGUGGCAAGAUGGUAUGCAGGACGGUCGAGGAAUAUACACAUUUGGAAAUGGGGACAAGUAUGACGGCGAGUGGCAAGGUGGUAAGCAGCAGGGUCGAGGAAUUUAUACAUUUGCACAUGGGGACCUGUAUGAGGGCGAGUGGAAAGAUGGAAAGCAGUACUGUCGUGGGACGGGAACAUUUUCGAAUGGCGAUAAAUAUGACGGUGAGUGGCAAGAUGGUAAGCAGGACGGUCGAGGAAUUUAUAUAUUUGCAAAUGGGGACCUGUAUGAGGGCGAAUGGAAAGAUGGAAAGCAGUACUGUCGUGGGACUGAAACAUUUUCGAAUGGCGAUAAAUAUGAGGGUGAGUGGCAAGAUGGUAAGCAGCACGGUCGAGGAAUUUACACAUUUGCGAACGGGGACAAGUAUGACGGUCAGUGGUACGGUGGGAAGAUACAUGGUCGAGGAACUGAAACAUCUACGAAUGGUGCCAGGUAUGAUGGUCAAUGGAAAGAUGAUAAGAAGCAUGGUCGAGGAAGUUACAGAUUUGCAAAUCGGGACAAGUAUAACGGUGAGUUGCAAGAUGGUAAGCAGCACGGUCGAGGAAUUUACACAUUUGUAAAUGGGGACAAGUAUGAGGGUGAGUGGCAAGAUGGUAAGCAGCAUGGUCGAGGAAUUUACACAUUUGCGAACGGAGACAAGUAUGACGGUCAGUGGUACGGUGGGAAGAAACAGUUUCGAGGAACUGAAACGUUUGCGAACGGGGACAAGUAUGUGGGUGAGUGGCAAGAUGGUAAGCAGCAUGGUCGAGGAUUUUACGCAUUUGCGAAUGGGGACAUGUAUGACGGCGAAUGGCAAGAUGGUAUGCAGCAUGCUCGGGGAAUUGAGGCAUGUGCGAAUGGCGACGGGUAUUAUGGUGAAUGGAAAGAUGGUAAGAAGCACGGUCGAGGAAUAUGUACAUUUGGAAAUGGGGACAGGUAUGAGGGCGAGUGGCAGUACGGUGUGAAACACGGUGAAGGAAUUUACACAUUUGCGAACGGGGACAAGUGUGAUGGUCAGUGGUACCUUGGACGUUGGGAAGAAACGUUUUCGGGGAAUUGA